UAUAUACACACACAAAACAGGGAAGGGUGAGCAACCAGACAGCCAGACAAACAGACAAGAACCUGUAGCCUGACAGGGAAACACUUUCCACCUUUCCCUUCUCCACAAUCCUGGCAGAAAGAGACAGACGAGUCUAAAUGCAGAGUAAGUGCAGGAGGGUGGUCUGUCCCUGUGGCUCAGCAUGUGCGGGUGCCUCCCCCAUGUCAGAGAGCUCCUCUCCGCCCCUCACACUCCAGCAGCAUUCAUUGCUCUCCCAUACAGUGGCUUCAGCCUGUGUCCCAGAUCUCUGAGCUGCUGCUCCUCUGGAAUUGUUGCACCAAAGCAGAACCUGUGAGGCUGUGGCAGCGCAAGGGGCGUCUGAUGAGCGGCCAGUGUGGGCACUAUGUUCUGUACCAAGCUGAAGGAGCUCAAGCUCACAGGGGAAUGUCCCUUCUCUUUGCUGACACAGAGUCAGGGCUCAGAGGAAGGGGAUGAGGAAGUAUCGGCCACUGCUGCUGCUGCUGCCUCUCUCCCAAUCUGUAAAGAGGUGGGUGAAAUCAGCGCCCCGGGCAAAAGAGAAGAUGCCCCCCCACAGAGGAAGACCAGCCGGAUCCGGGUUUAUCUGCACACCUUGGCAGAGAGCAUCCGAAAGUUCAUCUUCCCUGAGUUUGACAGACUGAAUCUUGCUCUUCAGCGGUCAAUAGCAAGACACAAAGUAAGCGCUAGCAGGUCAGCUUGUUCUAGUUUUAAAUUGCCAAGUAUGCCUGUUUGUGGAAAAACUGCAGAAACUGAAAAUUUUGAAAACAUUAUUAUUGAUCAGUCAAAUGCAGCAGGUGUUCCUGUAGAGCAAGUUAAAGAAACGCUGGGUGAUGAACUCUUCAGAAUCUGCUAUGAAGAAGAUGAACAUGUAUUGCAAGUGGUGGCAGGAACACUGAAGGACUUUCUAAAUAGUUUUGGAACCCAUUUGAAACAGAGUGGCCAAUCCAGAACACUGGAAGAAUGUAGUGGACUCGAAGAAGGUUCAAUUCUGUGCCUAGAAAAAGACCAAGAUUAUUUAAAUGUGUACUAUUUCUUUCCUAAUAAUAUUACACCUUUAAUAUUACCUGGAAUCAUUAGGGCGGCAGCAUACCUCUUGUUUGAAACUGAAGUAGAAGUGAGGUUGAUACCCCACUCUUGCAGUGAUGGCAAUGACUUUAUUAAGGAACCUUACUUACUGUAUUCAGUGCAGGUAAAAAACACAAGGCCGUCAUUAUCGCCAAGCAAACCCCAGUCAUACGUUGUAAUACCCGCGUCAAUCUUCUGCAAAACCUUUCCUUUCCAUUUUAUGUUUGACAAAGAUAUGACCAUGUUGCAAAUUGGUAAUGGUGUGAAAAGGCUCCUCAACAAAAGAGACAUACCGCGGAAAUCCACCUUUGACGAAUACCUUGAAAUCAUUUCUCCUAAAAUAAGUUGCACGUUUAGUGGAAUCUUGACUAUGCUGAAUAUGCAGUUCAUUAUAAGAGUGAAAAAAUGGGACAGUACAACUGACCAGUCAUCAAAGGCAAUGAAUUUGAAAGGUCAAAUGAUCUACGUAUUUGAAUCCAGUGCCAUUUUAUUUUUGGGAUCACCAUGUGUGGGCAAACUAGAGGAUUUCACAGGACAAGGGCUGUAUCUAUCGGAUAUUCCAAUCCAUAAUGCCCUGAGGGAUGUUGUAUUGACUGGGGAACAAGCAAGAGCACAAGAUGGAUUGAAAAAGAGGUUAGGAAAGCUUAAAGCUACUCUCGAGCAAGCUCAUCAAGCUCUAGAAGAGGAGAAAAAGAAGAAUGUGGAUCUUUUAUUUUCAAUCUUUCCUGGUGAAGUGGCCCAGCAGCUGUGGCAAGGGCAAUCUGUCCAGGCCAAGAGAUUUUAUAAUGUAACAAUGCUUUUUUCAGACAUUGUGGGAUUCACAGCAAUCUGCUCUCACUGUUCACCCAUGCAAGUUAUUACAAUGCUCAGUGAACUUUACACCCUAUUUGAUGGUCAAUGUGGAGAACUAGAUGUUUACAAGGUGGAAACUAUUGGCGAUGCUUAUUGUGUAGCUGGGGGAUUACAUAAAGAAAGUGAAACACAUGCUUUUCAAGUAGCUCUGAUGGCCUUGAAGAUGAUGGAACUUUCAGAUGAGGUGAUGUCUCCCCAUGGAGAGCAAAUAAAGAUGCGUAUUGGUUUACAUUCUGGGUCAGUAUUUGCCGGUGUUGUUGGAGUGAGAAUGCCGCGAUAUUGCCUUUUUGGAAACAAUGUGACCCUUGCCAACAAGUUUGAAUCCUGCAGUGUGCCAAGAAAGAUCAACGUGAGCCCUACGACCUACAGGUUACUGAAGGAUUAUAAAGGAUUUACAUUUACUGCACGAUCAAGACAAGAUCUCCCACCAAACUUUCCCAGUGACAUUCCUGGUAUUUGUUAUUUUCUUGAAGCCUAUAAUCAAGAAAUGCUGCCGAGAAUGUGCCAAAGAAAGACUGUUUAAGAGACCCAUUUCAUCAAAACAAAUUGAUCUAUUUAAUCUAAACGUACUGAAAUGAUAUAUAUAUAUAUAUAUAUGGCUCUUAAGUAAUUGUGCAAUGAAUGCUUAUUUUGUCUUCCUUAAUAUUGACGAAAUCUUGAAAAACAAACGCUUCCAGUAUUAUUCUUUUUGAAGGUAUAAUCUACAGCAAAUUUUAAUGGGCAUCAGAAUCCAUUUUAGAAUUCAAUUGGUUUGAAAAAUGGAAAUAUUGUGAUUUUUGUCUUCCAGUUUGGAAAUUAUUGGCUGUUAUGGUACGGUACUUGGAAAGAUUAUGCUUUUUAUGCCUAGGAAAGUUUUUAUUUAUAUAUUUGUACACACAUUUUGCUAAAUAAAAUAAAAUAAAUGCAAAGAG